GUCUGCUUGGAGAUUUAUUUUAAAUUCACACAAGGUUUUUUCAUGUUGUGAAAUUCACGUCAUCAAUAUUUACUGUGGCUCAAAGGCCAUCUAUUGUACUUGUGCUUAUAAAUUGCCAAAAAAUUUGCUGUUUUGCUCAAAUCCAUUCGUAGCUAAAGGGAGCGUCGCACUAAUUCAAGCGUUUGGAACACAAGUUCGUAAUGAAGAGAGAUUCCUUGAUUACUGCAGUGCUUGCCGUUCUUUUUAUCCUUCAGUCCAACACUGGUGAGUUUUGGUAUCCGUCUUUCCCCGAGUUGGUUAAAGCAUGCUCUACCUACGAAGAACCAAUUACAAAAACGAGUGAAUGAGUACAAGGUUCAUUUUCGUUUUGAAAUGUACUUGAAUUCUAUUUUGUGUAUAUUUUAAAUGUUUUACAAUUAAGUUUGACACAUCAUUGUUCGCGAGCAUCGACGAAAAUAAUUUUUUUGAGAUCGCUUUAAAUUGUUUUCCUCCUUAACUGGGACUUGCCUCAAAGAGAAAAUUCCCUCGUCAUUCAGCUCUUCAGUCUCAGGCGAGGAUAAGAAUCAGUUUUUUUUAUCCGAUUUCAGCUGGACAUACCGAACUAGGAGACUCUAUCACCCUGAGUGUCAGAAACCCAGGCACUAUUACAUUAACCAAUGAUCAAGUGCCGCAAAUAUUGCAAAAAGCAGAUUUUGAAGGCCAUGGUUUUCAAAAGGAAGAAUCGCGCACUCUGCUUUCAGCAGGAAAAUUUCCGGCAAACUCAUCAGCUUAUAUGACCAACAUCUUCUACUACAAGGAGGUGGCCUGCUCUCAAGCAAAGCAGGUUUUAAUGGAGGUUGGGAAAAUACUUCCAGGUAAAGAAUGAUCCUAGUAUUAAGAUGAUAAUCUAAAGAAAUAGGCACCUCUAUAAGACGGUAGAAAAUUCAAGGUCGACCCAAGUACGAAGAAAAUUGCUCUUACCCUUGCAACAGGAAACCUGGUAAAAUGAUAGUUUUCCCUAGAAGGAAAAAACGCUCAUAAAAAAAAAAUAGAGAGAAACAAGAAAGGUAAGAAUAACAUGGUCUAAAACGAAACAUAGAAUGGUUUUCAUAAAGUUGGGUAAAUCAAUCAUUGCUUUACAUUAACUAAGUAAUCUGUUGAACUCUAAGUUUUUAACUAUUUACUACAGAGCUAGAUCGAAUAAUUUUUGUGAAAUAACCUGUAUUGUAUUGAAAAAUUGUUGUACAGAGAAGCUAAUGUUUUUCUUCUUUGGCACUCUUAAGGUGCCAUGAAGCCAUCAGGGAGCUGCCAGGUCAAAGUGGCGAGAGAGAUGAGGGUCAUUUCAGGCGGCGAUCCCACGGCCAGGUGCAAAGCUGGUGUAGAGAUCCAUUUCAAACCGAAACCUCGUCAGACUUCUACAACCGUGCCUGCUCUUCGUCGCUUCAAGCGAGAUAUCAGCGCUUCAAUAUGCUGUAUAAUUUGUAUUUUUUGCAAAUAAAACCCAUACUGGUCAGCUCUAGUGAUUCUGUCUCCAGCACUCAGAGAGCUAGUACACUAAUGAAGAUCAGGUUUUGAUUUCAAUAAAACGAAUAUUUAAAAUAUGUUUGCUUAGUUCACAGUUACUGAG